AUGGUGUUUUGCCUGAUUGUCGGCUGUGGGAGUAGAACGGGUGCAGCACACAAACAUCGCGAAAAGGUAAACUUUAAGUUGUUCCGUGUUCCCCGCGUGAUAACUGGUCAGGGGAAAUAUGUGGAGGAGCUGACAACAGAUCGCCGUAGACAAUGGAUUUCUGCCAUUAGCAGAGCAGAUUUAUCGGAGGAAAAGCUAACAAAUGAACGUGUAUGUGGCAAACACUUUGUCUCUGGACAACCCAGCAAAGACUGGGAUAAAUUUAACGUGGACUGGGUACCAUCUAUCAACCUCGGGCAUAACAAGAAAGAAGUGGCGGGGACAGGCGCCCAGAGGGCCGAGCGAGCCAAGCGAUCAGCUCGGCGACGAAAACUCCGAGAACACGCUGAGCCAGUAGUUUCCAAGAAAGUGAAAAGGGAUCCCCCUGAUGACUUAGAACAAGAUCAGCCUGAAAACUGUCCCAUCGAACCCGUGAUGGUACCUGCUUCCACUGAGGUUUUGGAUGCUCCUGAGGACUUAGAACAAGAUCAGCCUGAAAACUGUCCCAUCGAACCCGUGAUGGUACCUGCUUCCACUGAGGUUUUGGAUGCUCCUGACUCAGAGAUGGAAACACAGACUCCCUCCAGUUCUGACAAAUGUACACAGACAACAGAGUUUGCUUAUCUGUUUAUGGAAACAAAGGCAGUGCAGGAUUUUACUGAGAACUACUUUACUGACUGUCGCGACAGUGAUGACAGGGUGAGAUUUUACACUGGUUUGCCAGCCUUUGACACAUUAAAGAUAAUUUUUGAUUUUGUUGCACCAAAUGUAUCCAGGAAGACCAAAACCUUGACGCCAUUUCAGGAGUUUGUGAUGGUCUUGGUGAAACUCAGACUCAAUCCGCCUCAACAAGAUCUGGCGUAUCGAUUCAAUAUCAGUCAGCCUACUGUGUCAAGGGUUUUCUGGUCAUGGAUGAUUGUGAUGGACAUACGUCUGACACCUCUUAUCAAGUGGCCUGAACGAGAGGCAAUCAUCCGUACCAUGCCAGCUUGUUUUCGAGACGCAUUUGGGAGUAAAGUCACUAUCAUCAUUGACUGUUUUGAAGUUUUCAUUGAAAGGCCUUCUAAUCUGCUCGCAAGAGGCCAGACCUUCAGUAACUACAAGAACCACAACACAGUUAAAGUACUGGUAGGCAUCACACCACAAGGAUCCAUCUGUUUUGUGUCUAGGACAUGGGGUGGCCGCACAUCUGACAAGCACCUUACUUCAAACUGUGGUCUGUUGGACAAGCUGAAACCUGGUGACUUAGUCAUGGCUGAUCGCGGUUUCACAAUUGAAGAGAGCCUUUCUCUACACCAAGUGAAGCUGGCCAUUCCUACAUUCACUCGUGGUAGCAAACAACUUGAUCCUGCUGACAUUGAGCAAACGCGAGGCAUUGCGAAUGUGAGGAUCCAUGUCGAACGUGUGAUCGGACAGUUGAAGCAAAAAUACACAAUGCUGCAGGGAACACUGGAGAUCCAUUAUGUGAGCCUUACCGCUGGAUCCACAGAGCCAAUGGUGGAUAAAAUUGUCAGAGUGUGUUCUGCCCUAGCAAACCUGUGUCCUUCAGUUGUACCCUUCACAUAAAUGGACACAGGUGUCACUGUGUGUUAGGACACCAUUAACUCAGCCUUUACAUGGUAUGUUGACACAGGUAGAAUGCUGUCCAAUGACACGGAUGGACACAUCAUGGAUCCUCCAUCACAUUUGCAAUGCCUUGUUUGCUAACCGCUGAUAGGUAGGAAGUAAUAAAUAGGUGAUCAGUUUUCAAUUCAUAGAUUUAUUACGAUAUUUCACAUAACUGUUUUAAUCUUUUGCUAAGACUUAUUUUGUUGACUGUUAGACAGUGGAGAAAUACAGUGAGAUGAAGAUGUGUCAGCUAUCACAUUCUAAGGAAACAGAUUCAGGCUAUGACAAUAGCAAUAAUAUAAUAGGAAGAAAUAACUGAACUGUGUUACAAUCUUUUGAAAAGACUAAUAUAAUGUUCAAUAGAGUAGUUUCUCAUUCACUUCUUUAAAUUACUGAUGCUGUCUAUGUCAUUAACAGUAAUGCAGGACUCUAUUUGUCUUUGUGUAGUAAGGUGCAGUUAGAUCACAUACAUUCACUGUACAGGAUAGCACUUAGUCAACUUUGUGUACAUAUUGCCACACAGAUAUUGCUACUUGAGCUACAGGGUGUGAUAAACUUAAGUUAAUGACAUGUUGACUGCCAAUAAAAGUGUUGAACAUACAUUCAUUUCUAUUUUCAUACAUCAUGCAUUGCCCUGAUAGCAAUGAAAUGGAGAUUAGAGAGUACAAAUCCACACUUUUGUAGAUAUGGUUUAUCUUGUAGCAGUCUUCUGGAGCAAAACCUCAUAACUGCAAGGCGUGUUGGAGUGAGGCACCUGCAUCUCUACCGGGUGAGACUGGAGGCUUACAGUUACACUGUAAACAGGGGAAGAACAAGGUUACUA